CCGGUGCGCAGCGGGCGGCCAUGUUGGAGCAGCGGAGGCGGCGCAGAGGCGCGUCCUGGGUCCCCGCGGCGGCGCCGGUGCCGAGCGCUGGUUUGUGGAUACCCAGGCAGAUCUGCAGUGCCUAAUGCCAUGAGCGUGGUGCAGCAUGUGGAGGAGAAAGCUGUGCACUCCUGGUCGCGGAUCUCCACGGCAGGGAAGAAGGCCCUGGAGGAGGCGCUGCUUGUCUUUAACCCCAUGAGCCAGGAUCUCAGUGCCACAGAGGCCCAGCUUGUAGCCUUCCUGCAGGGCCUGCGGGAUGAUGGCUUCCAACCCACCAUCCUGCGCAGCGGUGAUGUCUAUGGCUAUAGUUCAUGCACAGCCAACCCCCCAAGCCAGACGAAGCUGCAAGCCCGUGCCCCCACCCCAGCUGCCACAUCACCUCCAGCCAGUGCUCCCCGAACUGCCAUGCGGCUGCCUGCAGGCCGGGCCACGCUGCUCCCUAUGCCACUAUCUGGAAGGCUGGCCAAAGCAUCCUCACCAGCCCUUGCCAAGCAUGCUACCACCAACCUGCUGCUGAGCUCCCUGAAGCAGUCAAGUGCCAGCCGUGCCCGGGGUGCAGCAGUGGGCUUCCCCGCCCACCUCUAUCCAGGUGUCUACCCUGCCAUGCGGCUCUCUGUUGUCCUUGAGGCCCUGGUUCCACUAAAGACUCCCAUGCCCUGCUUGGGUGCCAAGCACAAGGCACAGUCACUGCAGCUCUCACUUGCAGACUCUCCCCUGAAGCUGCGCAAAGGUCCAGGGAAGAGGCAGGGGAACUGUCGGUCCAAAGCUCCCAGAAAAGCCACAGGCAAGGGCCCUAAGUGUCUGACUUACAGAGGCCCCAGGGCCAGACCCCAACAAGGCACUACACCCCGGAACAAGACCUACAAAGCCACUGGGUCCCUCGGUGGCCUACGAAUGAAAGGUGGCUCUGCCCUGGGCACCAAAACAUCCCAGGCCAAGGCAGCUCGAACACUGGCCAAAGCUGCCCAGGCCAAGGUGGCUCGAACACAGGCCAAAGCUGCCAAGGCUCGAGCAAAAGCCAAGGCAGCACAGAUCAGGGCCAGGGCCAAGGCAGCACGGAUCAGGGCCAAGGCCAAGGCGGCACAGAUCAAGGCCAAAGCCAAGGCAGUGCGGGCCAAGGCCAAGGCAGUGCGAGCCAAGGCCAAGGCAGUGCGGGCCAAGGCAGUGCGGGCCAAGGCCAAGGUGGCUCGGACCCAGUCCAGGAGCAGGGGCAGUCCAAAAGGGUCUGUUCAGGCCAGGACUGCGAGGAGGGGCCCAAAAAGCCGCCCUGAGACUGUGGGGCAGAAGAGGAAAAGGGCUGAGGAGGCAAAGGAUCUUCCUCCCCAGAAAAGAACACGACUUGGGCCCCGAUCCCCUAAGGCGUGGCUAGGGCCUGGAACAGCAAAGCUGCUGAAAUUCCGGGCCAUCAAGGUGGACAGGCGGUCCUCGGACGAUGAGGUGCGGCAGCGGGCUCAACGGAUCCUCCGUGUGAACCUGUCCCCUGUAAUACAGCUCCAGCCAUUGCUGCCAUACUCAGCACCCUGAUUCCUUCGCAUAGCAAUGUUUGGGGAAACUGAGCCCAGUUGUCUGUGCAGCCAGUGGCACAGUGUGCAAUGCCCAUGGAUUCUUCAACCCCAAGGACUCCAGGUGCCUCUCCAGGGCCCUGAGAGCCACCAUUCUCUUUUCAGAGACUGGAGGAUAUGGGGUGGUAUGGGUGGGCGGGAGGGGUGUUCUCAUGGCGCGAUGCACUGUGAUUUGUUACUCUUCAAGUUGUACCUCCACUGUUCCAUCUAUCACGUUUUAUACCUUUCCA